ACUGCAGCCAGCAGGCAAAAGAGACAACAAGAAUGGAGGACAAUACAAGCUCAAAGAUCUUCAAUGACUCUGUUCAUGGUCACAUUGAGAUGCCUCCUUUACUGGUGAAAAUAAUCGAUACUCCAGAGUUUCAGCGCUUGAGGAACAUCAAGCAACUCGGAGGAGGUUAUUAUGUUUAUCCAGGAGCUUCUCACAAUCGCUUUGAGCACUCCAUUGGUGUGGCUCAUCUGGCAGGACAGCUUGUAAAGAGUCUGAAAGCUCACCAGGGUUUGAAUAUAACUAAACAAGAUGAAGUCUGUGUGCAGAUCGCAGGACUUUGUCACGAUCUGGGUCAUGGUCCAUUCUCUCAUGCUUUUGAGAAAUUCAUGAAAGAACUGAACCCACAUUCACAGUGGAAGCAUGAACAGCAAUCAGUGAAAAUAUUUAAGCACCUCAAUACAAAACAUCAACUGGGAUUAGGAAUGGAAGAUGUCAACUUGAUUGCAGAUCUUAUCAAUUCAAGUGCCAAGGAAGUUCCUCAGCAUGAACAAUCAGCCAAAAUGUUCGAAGACCUCAAGAAACAAAUGAAGAAUGACAUAAAAGAUGACACAUUAACAGAUGAAUACUUCAGCUUGAUUGCGGACCUAAUAAUUCCAAGUGAAAUCCCCAAGUAUGAACAAUCAGCCAAAAUGUUCGAAGAACUCAAGAAACAAAUGAAGAAUGACCUAAAAGAUGACGCAUUAACAGAUGAAUGCUUCAGCUUGAUUAAGGACCUAAUCAUUCCAUUCCAGACAGACCGUUACUUGUAUGAGAUUGUGGCCAAUUCUAGAACCGGCAUUGAUGUUGACAAAAUGGACUACUUCAGCAGGGAUUGCCACCAUCUGGGUAUGAAAUGUAACUUCUCCCAUGAACGUUACAUGAAAUUUGCACGAGUCUGCACUGAUAAGAAUGAAGAACCGCAGAUCUGCAUGAGAGACAAGGAAGCAAUUAACAUGUAUGAACUGUUUCACAUUCGCAACCUCCUUCACCAUAAUGCCUACCAACACAGGGUUGUAAAGGCAGUGGAACUCAUGAUAGUGGAUGCGCUCAAAAAAGCUGAAAAUACAUUCAAAAUCUCUUCUCAAGUCAAUAACCUCCAAAAAUAUGUGACUCUCACAGAUGACAUUCUUCAGCAAAUCCAAUGCUCAGAAUCAACAGACUCAGAUCUUAAAGAAGCACAAGAAAUCAUUGACAGAAUAUCAGAACGUAAAUUUUACAAGUUCAUUGGAGCGAAAAUAUUUGAGCCUGAGGAUCUGAAACACUUAGGUACAAAGGAUCAAGACCAGAAAACAGUGGAGGUCUGGCUGAAAAAUGUGGAGAAAAGACUUGGUGAUCAGUCUCGUGAUCUAGAGAACUUUGAAGCUCUGGAUAAUUUCCAGAAAACACUGAAGACCUGGCUGACAAAAACGGGGGAAAUGCCUAGUGAUCUGGCUCUUCACAAAAAAGCUCUGUAUCAAUACCAGAAAAAGCUGGAGGUCUGGCUAAAAAAUGAGAAGAAAAAACUUAAGUCUCUUGGUCUAAAGGAGUCUGAAGCUCUGAAUCACUUCCAGAAAAACCUGAAAAUCUUGCUGGAGAAAAAGGAUGGUGGUCAGUCUAUCAUUAAAGAUUCUUACCAGGAAAAACUGAAGACCUGGCUUGAGUCACUGAAGUAUAACAAGCUGUCUCUUGACCCAAAGUUCGUUAAAGCUGGGGAUGAAUUCCAGAAAACUAUGGAGGAAAUGCCCAGUCGUCAGUCUCUCAAUCCAGAACUUGCUAAAGUUGUGAAAAUGCUGGAGACCUGGCUAGAAAACGAGGGAAAAAGGCAGAGUGAUGCAGACUAUGUUAAAGUUGUGAAAACACUGGUGGCCUGGCUGAAGAAUGAGGAGAAGAUGUUUGUUGGUCAGUCUCUUAAUCCAGAGUUCAUUGAAGUUGUGGAUCAAUUCCAGAAAACACUGGAGGCCUGGCUGAAGAAUGAGAAAAAGCCUGAUCGUCAGUCUCUCAACCCAGAGCUAAAAGAAGUUGUGAAAAUCCUGAAGACCUGGCUGAAGAACAAUGAGAAAACGCAUGGCAGUCAGCCUCUUGAUACAAAGUUUGUUAAUGUUGUGGCCUGGCUGAAAUAUGUGGAGGAAAGUGAGUCCCUCAAUACAGAAAAUUUUGAAGUCGUGCCGAUCAAUUUCAGCUAUGGCAUGAAAGAGAAGAAUCCAAUUGAUGCUCUACGAUUCUAUAGGAAAAAUGAUCCAGAUACACCAGUACAACUGUCCAAAGAUGAGGUCUCAUACCUCCUGCCGGAGAAAUUUGCUGAAAUCAAAGUAAUGGUUUUCUACAAAGGAUUAAACACAGCUGUCGAAAACCUCACCAAAAAGCAUAUCAUAGAAUUCUGGAAUGACUUGAAACCUGCCUCUGCAGUGGUGCACAAUCCCAGCAUUUACAUGGAUCUCUCAGAUGUCAAACCUGAUUUACUUCAGAGAUUCCGACACUCAGCAGAAGACAUCAUUAAGAAAUUUUCAAAACAGGGAUCUAGCAAGAUCAUUGCUGAGAAAAUAUUCAAGACAGAGGAAGUUAAACAUUUGGACAAUGAUAAGCAGCGGAAGGAGAAGGUGGAGGCCUGGUUGAAGAGCAUCCAAGAAACUUAUGGUUAUCAGCUGAAAUUCACUGCAGAUGACUUUGAAGUGGUCAAAUACUCCCUGCCAGACAAACCUGAUUCAACUAAGGUCCUUCUUUUGUACAAGGGACUGCCUGAAAACAAUACUGAAAAAUUCUGGGAAGAAGUGCUGAAGGAUCUGAAAGACAAGGAGCUUAUCUCUGCUUUAGUGAAGAAGACAAUCACUUAUGUCAACCUCAUAGAUGGAAAACCUAUGGCAAUCAUAUGCCUGCUAAUCUCAGCAGGACAUGGAAUAAUUGAGGAACUCCUAAAACAGGGCUUUUUUAUCUUUGAAGAGAAAAUAUUCAAAGCUGAGCAUCUGAAACAUUUGCAAAGUGAUGACCAGUGGAAGGAGAUGCUGAAGGCCUGGUUCAAAAAUGUCCAGAAAAAAGCUGUAGAUGCAGCAGACUUUAAAGUGGUCUCAUACACCCUGCCUAGCCGACCUGAUUUUGUUAAUGUCAUGCUCUUCUGUAAGGGACUGCACAAAGAGGAGACUGAGAAAUUCUGGACAAAGUGUGAGAUUCCAGGAGAUCAGCAAGAGGCUCCACCCUCCAAAAGACCAAAAAAAACAGAAAACUGAGACAUAGUGAAAAACUAGGAGUCUUACCACUAAACCAGGGCUACUGAAUGAAUGCAACAAUAUGCAACUAUAUAUAUUAUUUUUUUUGUGUACUAACGUUAUAAUUAGCUAUUUAUGUUAAAUCCUAUGGCAAGGUCGUGCCAUUUUAUCUGAAGGGUGUUUGUUGUUUUUUAGAUGUGUUUAGAAACAGUUAAAUCUUUUGUAUAAUAAAGAAGUACUGACAUUUUGGAAGAAGCUGAGUUCUCUAACAGAGAUAGCUUGAGACAAGUGGGCAGGAAAAUGCCUAUAACACCAGCAUUAAGUGCUAUUCUUAUAUCUAAGAUCAUAGAAAAGACUUCAGAUGUGUGACAUAUUACCAAACAUUUGUAACAUUUUUGGAUUACACAACAGCCCACAACAAAGUAGAGUGAUUAGACUGGUUAGCUUUUAAGUACAAGCAGGGAAAUUAAAUGUUUAGUUUGUCAUUUGUGAUGUUUUGGGUCUAAUUUUCCUGAUGGUGGAGAAAUGAAGCACAUUGCUAAAUAUCUGUGAUUCAUACCAAAUUAGAAUUUUCAUUGGUGUCUUAGUUUUAUGUAACAAAGUAACCGCUCUGUCUGUCUUUGCUACAGGUAUCUUAUCAUCUAGUUACUGACUUUUAUUGUCUCUAUUCCAUUUAAUCAAUUCAACUGUAACACUGCUUGUUGCAAAGUGCCUUCCAGAGUUAUUAGAACCCAGGAUGUUUUAAGCUCAGCUAACUAAUGUUACUUUAUAUAAUGAUUUAUUUCCUUUAUUCUGUUGUUACAAUUACAAUUAUAUGCUUACUAGAUGAAGUAGCUGGAAAAUUGGUAUUUUAUAGGUUUAUUUCUAUAUAUGAGAAUUAUUACUUUAUGUAUGUGUUCAGUCAUUUAUGUAGUGAUUCACAAUAAUCUGCUUUAUAAUUCUGCUUUAACUGACCAAAGUUUAGAUACAGCACUGAAAAUAUUGAGAUUUGAUUUGUCUGGAACACGUCUUCAGUUUUGAUUAACUUUAAAAUUGGGCCACUGCUGUAACAGCAUUCAGUCUCUGUAACAUUCUUAUGAUUUAUAUCUAUUUCAGCGAAAACAUCUCAGAUUUGUCUACAGAAACAUGACUAUGUGAAUGGGUUUGUUUAGAUCUAUAAUUAAAUAAACAUGCCAAAUGCCUGUAUGUA